AAUAUAGACAUAUCAAUAUCAAUCAAUCAAAACUCUGUGUGAUUUGUUUCUUAAAGCCAAAGCAACUUUUUAUUAUUUCUUGCAGUGGAUACAUGGCUCCAGAAUACGCAAUGAGAGGCCAUUUGACAGAUAAAGCUGACGUCUACAGUUUUGGUGUUGUGGCUUUGGAAAUCGUUCACGGAAAGAGCAACACAAGCUCAAGAUCCAAAACCGAAAUCUUCUACCUUCUUGACUGGGUACACAUUCUAAGGGAGCAAAACAAACUUCUGGAAGUAGUGGAUACGAGGCUAGGAACAGAAUACAAUAGACAAGAAGCAAUGACUAUGAUUCAGAUCGGGAUCCUCUGCACCAGUCCAGCUCCAGCAGAUAGACCGUCAAUGUCGACGGUGGUGAGUUUGCUCGAAGGUCAUUCGACAGUGAAUGUUGAGAAGCUUAUAGAAGCUUCGUUUAGUAAAGGAAGCAAAAUGGACGAAGAGGGCGUGAGAGCAAUAAAUACUCAUUACGCUAUGAUAGGUGAAGAGGAGAUAACGACUACGACUACGACGACUGAUUGGACUAGAUCAAACACCAGCACCAACACCAACACAGGGGAUCUUUACCCUGUUCAGCUCGAUUCUUCUUAUUGGAACCCCAGAUCUUAAUCAUGGAU